AUCCACAAGAAAAGUUAUUCCACCGCAGUUUACAGUUACAACACUUCUACAGUUUGUCCACCGCAGUCUCUGCUCACAGGUGACCAGUAGAAGAAGAAGAAGAAGAAGACGAAGAGGGAAACACGGAGGUUUCCCCUCGCAACUGUGGCAUUAGCAGUGUGGUCACGUUCAGCGAACAGGGCAGGAGUUAGAUGAGCGCACGGGUCCCUCAUUCCGUCUCCGCGCCUCCCCUUCAGCUCCAGUGGCUUCUCGUCUGCUCAAACGUGAGGACAGCAUGACAGGAGGACUGAAGGACGGCGACACCGAGGGGGAGUUUCUGCACUCGCCGUUCAUCCGAAAGCAGGGGAACAUCUACAAGCCCAACAACAAAGACAUGGACAACGACAGUCUCAACGAGAAGACCAUGGACGACGUCCACACCAAAGAGAUCGAUCUGGUCAACCGGGACCCGAAGCGCAUUAACGACGAUGUGGUCAAGGUGGACUUCGAGGACGUGAUCGCCGAGCCGGCGGGGACCUACAGCUUCGACGGCGUGUGGAAGGCCAGCUUCACCACCUUCACCGUCACCAAGUACUGGUGCUACCGGCUGCUGACGGCGCUGGUGGGCAUCCCCCUGGCGCUCAUCUGGGGCGUCUUCUUCGCCAUCCUGUCCUUCCUGCACAUCUGGGCCGUGGUGCCGUGCGUCAAGAGCUACCUGAUCGAGAUCCACUGCGUCAGCCGCGUCUACUCCAUCUGCGUGCACACCUUCUGCGACCCGCUGUUCGAGGCCAUGGGCAAGUGCUUCAGCAGCAUCCGGAUCAGCACCACCAAGGGGGUGUAGGGUGAGGAAGAGUAGGGGUCGGGCUGGGGGGGGGGGCACUGAUUAACGGAGGGUCAAAGAAGAAGAACAAAAUAGACCUCUGGGAAAAUGAGAGGUGAGACUUUUCCAGAGCUGGGGAGGGAGGGGGGGGGGGGGGGGGGGGGGGUUGUGUGUAAGUGAAGAGGCGUGGUCACAUGGCACCUGACAGCGCCUUAUUUCACCGGCUUUUUUUUUCUUCUUCGGGUGGGAACAGGAAAUGAAAGGGUUGUUCUCCGGGGUUGUUGUUGUUGGUUGUUGUUGUUGUUUGUUGUUGUUGGUUGUUGUUGUUGUUUGUUGUUGUUUGUUGUUGUUUGUUUUCUCUUAACAGCGAGCAGCUUUUCUGUUUCCUCAGUUUUGCCAAAUGAUGCAAAUUCCUUCCGUUGUUCCUCUGGAGAGCUUCUCCCUUUCAUGUGAAGAGGGGAUGUCGGGGUGUCCCUGUCUGCUCUAGUCUGUGUGUGUGUGUGUGUUGGGGGGGGGGGAGGGGGGGCAGGGAGGGAGGGGGGGGGGAGAGCACAGCCAAAUUCUAUCAGACUCAGCAGAAUCAAAAUCAGCUUACAGGACGAACAGCACAGCCUCUGCCCCCCCCUCCCCACCCACCCAUGACCCACCAAAGCCCCCCCCCCCCUCCCACCCAGCUUCCCUGCAGUCUGACACACUGAACCUGCCCUCGUUCCUGCAUGCGCCUGCCUCGCCUCGCCCCCCCCCCCCCCUCAGCAUGGACAUCAUCUGCAUCUCAGCUCUGCUCCCUUCUUGCUCCUCAAAACUCAGAUCUCCAUCAGCAGCUCAGAUCUCCAUCAGCAGCUCAGAUCUCCAUCAGCAGGCUCCCCCUCGUGUGUGUGACGUGAAGCUCUUUGAGGUCAGCACCACCGUGGCUUUCGUGUCCCGUGCGUGCUGAGUGGGCGUGGCCUCCUCCCGGCGCACCAAUCCACAGUAGUGUUGGUGAAGUGAGAGGUUCUCACAGGGCGGCGCUUUGGAUUGAAGACAAAUGUCAGAUGGAAUGUUUCCUUUUUUUAAAUGUGUGUUCCAUCCUCGUUUUGUUUAACCUUUUGAGUAAAUGUGCCCACUUCUGACUGUGGACACGGUGCUGCAAAGCAUGAAGGGAGGGGGGGGGGGGGGGCGGUUUGAGACACUACGCUAAGCUUUACUCCGUCACCUUCACUCUUCCUGCCGUCUUCUCACCAGGACGUUAACAUGUGAUGUUUUUUAUAAGAAGAUAUGUUUUUUUUUUCUCCCUUUCCUUGCUUUUAUUGUACAAUAUCACGCUGUGCACAUUAAAACUGAAUAAAACCCAG